AGGUAUUUGGUGCGUACCUGGAAACUCCCACGGGAAAUAUGCCGAAAUAUACUCGGCGGCGCCGCGAUCUCGUUUUUGCUCCGGCCGCACGGAGGGCAGAGCGCUACUGUCAGUCGACCAUCCGCGUUGUUUACAUGCACGCGUGUUUACGUUUACAUUCUGUACUGAGCGGAUGCUGGAGUGGAAAAGUGACUUUGGUGAUUUUUUGUGAGGCUAGCGUUGACAUAAGCUUGCAGAGAUGAUUCCAGGACGACUACCUGUGCCAGAAAAUCCCUUGGGAUUAUCUUGGCAUGACAGUGCUUGGAUACCCAUGCUCAAUCCGAGCAACAUAAUGGACUACUUUUCCGAGAGGUCCAAUCCCUUUUACGACAGAACGUGCAACAAUGAAGUUGUUAAAAUGCAGCGGCUUAACCCUGAGCAGCUUAUGAAUAUGACUGGCUUUGAGUACAUACUUUUACACGUUCAAGAGCCAAUUCUUUAUGUGAUUCGUAAGCAGCAUCGUCAUGGUCCCACACAGGCAACUCCAGUAGCAGAUUACUAUAUAAUCGCAGGGGUUGUUUAUCAAGCUCCGGAUCUGGCUUCAGUAGUUAAUUCUAGAUUAUUAUCCGCAGUGCAUCAUUUGCAAUCUGCAUUUGAAGAAACAAGUGCAUGCUCAAGAUAUCAUCCUAGCAAAGGAUAUUCUUGGGACUUGAAAAAUGGGAAGACUGCAGCAGCUAAGAAGGAAAUUCCUGUGAGAGAAGAGCCCAGUACACUGUUUCAACGUCAGAGAGUUGACAUGUUGCUAGGGGAAUUAACGAGAAAAUAUCCACUGCCAGUUCCAAGACCUGUUCAAGCUGUUACUGAACCUACACAGGUUAAGCAAGAAAAUCAGACUGAAAAGCAAGGCAUGAAACCACCUCCAGAAAGGAAGCCAAGAGUCAACUAGAAAAUUGAUAGUCCUGCUUCCUACUUUAAAUAACUUAUUAGAUAUUAUUCAAAUGUUGUGUGAAUGUUGAAGUUGAUGAGAGAAACCAGCAAGUAAAAGAAGCUAAGGUAUGAUUUAUAAAAAAUGCUUAAAUAUAUUUUUACUUUGAUUCAAAGAAGCCUUCAUUUUCUUCUCUUUUUACACCAAGCACAGUCAGCGUUAUCUUCGUCGGGAACGUAUUUUAUUGUAGGUUUAUCAAUAGAUUUUUUAUUAUUGAAAAGUUUAUACUUGUACCACGUAUGCAUGAUCUCGCCACAUGGAUCUGGAUUAGGACAUUUGCAAGAAUUUAGUGGUAAUUUUUUUGGGAAGCAACUUUUAUUUAUUUUCGAAAAAUGCGUGGAACUGCUUGAAAAGUGUGAAGUAUUUCAUUUUUAACUUUUUUUAUUUAAACUUGUUAAUUUACGAACUUUAAAAUUUUUUAAUUUAUUUAUUUUUUUAACUAAUUGUCUAAAGGGACUUACAACUUGAAGCUAUCUGAUCAUCACCCAAAAAAAAAUGAUUCAGUUAUUUUUGCCAUGUUCAGAGUUUACGUGUGUGUCAAGCUUUGAAUAAAAAUUACUCAAAUCAUGUUUGCAAAUUUAAUAAUUAGAAGAAUAUUAUGACAUCUGAUGAAUGCCUAUGCAGUGACGACUCAUCGGAAAUUGAUAACCGCAGUAAUUAUGAUAACUUACUUCCCGCUCUAUCUCUGAGCGACGUCAGUGACUUUGUCCAAGAAUUUCUUCACCAAAAGUGCAAAGUGUUAAAAUUAAUACGCGACCAAAUAUCAUCGAGAAAUAGUCAAAAUUACGUGCCAGAAAGGGAUAAUAGCCCAAAGCACAAUGGCGCUGCUGAUCAAAGUAUACGACAAAAACGAGAGGUGAAAGAACCUCAUAGCCAAGAUGCAACGACAAACAGCGAUCCGAUCGUGGGAAGUUCGAGACAGCAAAUAUUCAGAAAUCCUUUUCGCGGAGUAGUCGAGAAAAUAACCUCUUACCGAUUAUUCAAAUGGCCUUUGUACUUUGUCUUGACAGUGGGGGGAAUUUUUUUUAUCGUGUACGCAUGUAGCGGCUUUUGCUUGCCGAGGAUAUUUUGCCAAAAGAGAUGUCCUAUAGUUGUUUAGGGAUGAGCGUACGAGGUUCAUUUUAGACAGUUAUGACAAUCGUGAAUGAGUAAAUAAAAGAACGCGCCAGAGUUUUAUAGUAAA